AUGCAAAAGGUGUGGGCGCCGCGAGGCCUGAGUAGGCCUACAAUUAUUGCCCGAAGGCGAUUUUUUCUCCGGCGCAAGGGAUUCGCCUCAGUCGCGCAAGACGCCAGGGCAUUUGAUGUCGUCGUCGUAGGAGGAGGCCACGCCGGCACCGAGGCCUGCGCCGCCGCCGCCCGGUCCGGCGCCCGUACCGCGCUCAUCACGCCCAAGCUCGACAACCUGGGCGUCUGCUCCUGCAACCCCUCCUUUGGCGGUAUCGGCAAGGGCACCAUCCUGCGCGAGAUUGACGCCCUCGAUGGCGUCGCUGGCCGUAUCAUUGACAAGGCCGGUGUCCAGUUCAAAGUUCUAAACCGGAAGAAGGGCCCCGCGGUUUGGGGGCCCCGCGCGCAGAUUGACCGCGCUCUCUACAAGAAGCACAUGCGUGAAGAGCUCGAGGCAUACCCAAACCUCAGCAUUAUACCCGGCAGUGUCAGCGAUAUCGUGGUUGGCGCAGAUUCGGACCCGGCGAGCGGAAAGCCCAGGAGUAAGAUCACGGGCGUGAGGUUGGAAUCGGGAGAGGUUCUGCCCACUACGCAGAUCAUCAUUACAACAGGAACGUUCCUGGGCGGUGAAAUACAUAUUGGCCUGGAAAAAUACCCAGCCGGGAGGAUAGGCGAACAAGCGACCUUUGGACUGAGCAAAUCGCUCAAGGAGACCGGAUUUCAGCUUGGCAGAUUAAAGACUGGAACGCCGCCGCGGUUGGCCAAGGGCAGCAUCAAUUACGGUAUCCUGGAGGAGCAAAGAGGAGACGAUCCACCAAAUCCGUUCAGUUAUCUCAACGAAGCAGUUUCGGUACAAGACCAACUCUUGUGCUGGGCUACAUACACAAACGAUGCGACGCACGACGUGGUACGCGCAAACCUAGAUAAGACGAUACAUAUUCGCGAGAGCGUCAGGGGCCCACGAUACUGCCCUUCACUUGAAUCCAAGAUUAUCAAAUUUCCCGAGAAGCCGCGCCAUAUAGUCUGGCUCGAACCCGAAGGCUUUGACAGCGACCUCAUCUACCCCAACGGCCUAUCCAUGACAGUUCCGGCCGAUGCACAGGAGCAACUGCUGCGCACUAUUCCGGGCCUCGAGAAUGUUGAGAUGGUGCAGCCAGGCUAUGGGGUAGAAUACGACUACGUGGAUCCGCGCAGUCUAAAGUCCUCACUUGAAACCAAAGCCAUCUCUGGUCUCUACCUCGCUGGCCAGAUCAACGGAACGACGGGCUAUGAAGAGGCAGCAGGCCAAGGUGUCAUUGCAGGUAUCAAUGCCGGUCGUGCCGCGCAGGGCAAAGCUCCAAUCUCGCUGACACGUGCCGAUGGGUACAUUGGCGUCAUGAUUGAUGAUCUCAUCACCAAGGGCGUCUCGGAGCCGUACCGCAUGUUCACCAGUCGAUCCGAGUACCGCAUGUCACAUCGCGCCGACAAUGCAGACCUGCGCCUCACCGAGAUGGGCCGCGAAUGGGGUGUGGUGAGCGACAAGCGCUGGUCUCACUUCCGUGACACCAAGGCCGAGGCGGAAGAGCUGACUGCUACGCUCCAAAAUUACUCGCUCACGGCCCCAAACUGGAUAGCUGCGGGCUUCAAGGCGAGACUAGACACGAAACCCCGCUCUGCUCUAGAGAUUCUACGGCUCGCGGGCGUCAAGCUCUCUGAUUUGCGCGAACGGCUCCCCGAAAUCGACAAUUACUCGGCACACAUCCAGUCUCGGGUGGCCAUUGAGGCCGUCUACGCGCCGUACGUCGCCAUGCAAAAGACGGAGCAGGCGCUCUUUACCAGGGAUGAGUCUCUUCAGCUGCCCGUGGAUCUGGACUAUGAUAGCAUCUUCGGGCUGUCGUUUCACGAAAAGGCCGUGCUCAACGCCACGCGGCCGGAAAGCCUGGGCCAAGCCAGACGAAUCGAAGGUAUGACGCCAGCUGGCUGCGUAAGGCUGCUCGGCUUCGUCACUCGAAGCGAAAAAUUCAAGGAGGUCAUGCAGGGGCGCGACGAGAUGGCGCCUCUGGGUAAGGAGGUUGACACUUUGGAUGCCGAGGCUAGGAGCAGUGAGCUGCCGUAG